AUGUCCAGGAACUACAUGUCCAAGUAUGAUGAGAUGCGUAAGGGAGACUACAAAGAGUGGAAGGCCUGCUUCCAGGUAUGUAUCUAGAACUUGAACACAAGGCAGAUUCUUAAAGUGUUCUUAGUCAGUGUAGAUUUUCAUGUUACAACAUUCAUUAUCAACAUUCAGGGGCCAAGCUCUGAUCAAUAUCUCUCUAUCUCUCCAUCUGUCUCCAUAGGAGGAUGGUAACUUUGUGACCUACGGCUGGAAGCCCAUGUGGAACUCCGACACCGUCAGCCAGCACGACGCCCACCGCCAGUGCAUGCAGGACAACUGCAACUUUGUCAUGUACAAGCUGGACGAGAAGGUCAUGUGGCACACCAACACUCAGGCCAACGGCUUCAAGACGUGCCGCAUGUGGUUGAGGAACAAUGGCAACCUGGUGAUCGAGAAGAAUGGAGAGGAGGUGUGGAACUCUGCUCAGAACAGGGGAUCAAAAUGA